GGCUGCGCGCGCCGACAUGGACGCCAACCGGACGCACGGCGGGCGCGACUCGCACCUGACGCCGGACGCCUGGGCGCAGGGACUCUGGUGGAACCGCAGCCUGCUCCUCACCAACGGCACCGGCGAGGACGUGGAGGGGCCGGCGGGCGACCUGGACGUCAACACGGCCGCCUUCUCCAAGGUGCUGGUGAGCGUCAUCUACGCGCUGGUGUUCUGCGUGGGCGCGCUGGGCAACGGCGUGACUUUGUGCACGCUGCUGCGCCGCCAGAGCCUGCAGAACCUGCAGAGCACGGUCCACUUGCACCUGGGCAGCCUGGCCGUGUCCGACCUGCUCAUCCUGCUGCUGUCCAUGCCCAUCGAGCUCUACAACUUCAUCUGGGUGCACCACCCGUGGGUGUUCGGGGACGCCGUGUGCCGCGGCUACUACUUCCUGCGGGACAGCUGCGCCUACGCCACCGCCUUCAACGUGGCCUCCCUGAGCGUGGAGCGCUACAUGGCCAUCUGCCACCCCUUCAAGGCCAAGAGCAUCAUGUCGCGCAGCCGCACCAAGAAGCUCAUCAGCGGCAUGUGGAUCGCCGCCUUCGCCCUGGCGGCGCCCAUGCUGGUCAUCAUGGGCCAGGAGGCGCGCCGCGGCGAGAACAUCUGCACGCCCACGGUCGGCCCGCCCACCAUGAAGGUCGUGCUGCAGAUAAAUGCCUUCCUGUCCUUUGUCCUGCCCAUGGUGGCCAUCUCUGUCCUGAACGGGAUCAUAGCCAAACAGUUGUUGAGAAUGUUCAGAGAGGCGGAGCAAGACAACCGCAUCUGCAUCGUCGGCGGCAAUCCCACCACGCUCAAUGUGUCGGUGGAGCCCAACCGGGCUCAGUCGCUUCGCCACGGAGUUCUUGUUCUUCGAGUGGUGGUCAUCGCCUUUGUGGUCUGCUGGCUGCCCUAUCACGCCCGCCGCCUCAUGUUCUGCUACGUGACCGACUGGUCCGACAACCUGUACGACUUCUACCACUACUUCUACAUGCUCACCAACGUCCUGUUCUACGUCAGCUCCGCCAUCAACCCUGUCCUCUACAACCUGGUGUCCGCCCCUUUCCGCCAGGUCUUCUUCUCCACGCUGCGCUACCUGUGCCUGCCCUGCGGCCGGCGCUCCCCCAGGCGCCGUCCCCGGCCCCUCACCCGACACUCCCUCAGCAACUCCAGCAACCACACCAUCUCCACCAACGUCAUCAAGGAGACGGCGUACUGACGGACGUACCUGUUCUUCAUACGGGACGACCUGCCAAGUUACAUUAGGUGUUUUAUUUUGAAGGGCAGAGUGUCGGACUAAUUUGCGAUACUAUUAAAAAACCGACCUACAGUGGGGCAAAAAAAGUAUUUAGUCAGUCACCGA